GUGAUAAUACUGAGCGUUCGUUCAUGCAACGGUUUUACUUUAUGCACAGUAUUUUUGUUUGUUAAAAUUUUAUUACUUUAUGUUAGCGAAAAAACAUGAAUAUUGAAAAUGAAAUGAUUUUUGUGAUAUUGCGAGAAUUUGUAGCAUCUUCGAGUAGUGAGAGUGAAUCAGAGUCUGAUGAUGAAAAUAAUCGUUGUUGUAUUGAGUGUGCCAGAAUUCCUAAGAUACAAAAUUAUAUUGAAGACGUAGUUUCAAUAUACAAUGAGCUACAAUUCAAGGAGACUUUCAGGUAUAUAUUUUCUAAACUAUGAUUUUACAUAUAUUCUUAACCUCACACACAAAAAUUUUUUUUUUGUAGAUUGAGGAGGGGUACAUUUCAAUAUGUGUUGAAUCUAAUUAGAGCUGGUUUAGAAAGUUAUCAUGGUAGAAUGACGAUUGACCCAGAAAAACAAUUGUACGUAGCGUUAUAUGUACUUGGAACACCUGUUUCAUACAGGUCUAUAACAACCAAAUUUGGAGUUGGAAAAGCUACUGCAUGGCGAGCUGUAUUAAGAGUUGUUAAAGCUCUUUGUAAAUUACGAUCCUAUUUCAUUCAGUGGCCAAAUGAACUACAAUGCCAGGAAACUGCUGAAAGCCUUGAGGAGAAUUAUGGAUUUCCUGGAGUGAUAGGUGCGGUUGAUGGAACUCAUAUAAAUAUAGCUGCUCCUAAAGAAGAUCAUGCUAGUUACAUUAACCGCAAAGGUGUACAUUCAACUCAAUUGCAAGUUGUGUGCAAUCACAAGUUAGAAUUUAUUCAUUGUUUUGCUGGAUUACCAGGAUGUGUUCAUGACAUGCGGGUGUUCCAGUACUCAGGA